GUAAGAGCAUAAUUCCAACUGUUGGAAGUGGUCUUAUGGAAGGAAAUUGUGUCUCACUGACUAGGAUAUUACGGUCAGCCAAACUAAGCAGUAAGGAUAAGUUAAAUCUGGUGUGUCAGAUAUACAGCCCAUGGCCAGAUCUGGCCUGAAGAGCCAUUCCAUCUGGCUCGCCGGGCUACAGAAGUGUAGGCAGCAUGGCUAGGAUGGGAUUGUUGACUACCAAAGAAUUGAAGGCCCUUGAGCUUCAGUGGAUGUGGCCCUCAGCAGCAAGUGAGUGAACGAGGACUGUGUCAACACCCACCUGUUUGCUCUACUUGGCCCACUGUGGUAAGUGACUGCUUGGCCCACAACCGCUUGUUGUACUGCCACUGACCCAUGUCCUUGGCUGGAUUUACUGCCCUGUGCUUCAGGGUGGAUUUGAUUUAAAUCAAAUUAAUUUAAAUCAUAAUUUAAACUGCUGGUCAGGAAGCUUUGAUUUAAUCACUGUUUUCUACAAAAAGUGCAUUCUUGUUUUUUGAUAUCCUUUAUUCAUUUAACUUCUUGAAACUUUGCACUUCUGGAGAGAGGUAAGAGCUUGAUUGUGUAUAUACAAACUUGCAGAGACAAGAGGGUUGGUGGGUAGGUAAUCAGGUCUGUUCUCUCAUCUCCAUAUACUGCUAUUAACAAGGAUGUUAUCUCUGGAGACACAAAUCCACAGUUUGAGAAUUGAAACUAAGCAUCACAGAGAUGCUUAAUGGGAUCUUCUAGACUGAGCACUGAGUCCCAUUGGGUAGAGAGAUUUUUUUCUUUAAUAAUUACUAAUCUACAGAGGAGUCUCUGGGAGCUCCAUAAGAUUAGGCCUCUAAUAUAGUCCAUGGCCUGUUGUGACCUAUUUAUAAAACUUUUCUAAAAAGGUUAACAAGAAUCUAUUGUCUCAAUUAGUAUAUAAAUUAGAAGUUAUAAUCCCUAUUCUAUGAUGAUGUCUUUGACCUUCAGCAUAUUUUAAAAUUAAAAAUACCUUUAUACAGAUUUAUUUAAAAAAAAAAUUUCAACAAAAAAUAUUAGAUACAACAAAUCUGAUUUUAAUUUUUUUUAAUCAGAUUUUUUUUUUAAAUCAUUGAUUUUUAUCCACCUUGCUUUGCCUUAGACCAGACUGAGCCCACAGGAGUCCUGCAUUCUGUAUCUAGCCUGGUACACGGGGUGAAUUUGACCUGAGCUAAAUAUUGGUGGAGUUUUGGUUUUUGUGGUCUAAUCAUGUAUACUAAGUAUUUGACCACACUUCCUUGGCUUUUAUCUAUGUUUUCUAGUGUUUUAGGGUUGCUCUUCAUAGAGAUAGAGAUGUAAUUCACAAACAAAGAUCAACUGUCUUUUGCAAUAUGCUUAAUAUUGGAAACUAUCAAAAGUAAACAUUUGUUAUUUACUGUAUUUAAUUAGUCAUUCAGCAGUAAAUGUUAGACUUAAAUUCUUCGGUGAAGUCAACCUUGUUAUCUGAACUGUUUGAUUUGUCUUCCAAUUAAUGUGUAAAAUAUAACUGAAUGUUUUAUUCUUGGUCUUUUUAAAGUUUAAUUCAGUUUUUUAGUAAAAUGAAAAAAUGGAUGGAUAUGUCAAAUCAGUCGCAGGAAUUCCGAGAGCGAAUGGAAAGGCUGGAGAGAAACUUUGAGGUGUCAACUGUGAUUUUCAAAAAAUUUGAACCAAUAUUUUUAGAUGUAUUUCAAAAUCCUUACGAAGAGACACCUAAACCACAAAGAAGCAGGAAGCAGAGACCGGUGCCUUGCAGCAUUAAAGAUCUGUUCAACUUCUGCUGGACACUCUUUGUUUACACUAAGGGUAAUUUUCGUAUGAUUGGAGAUGAUUUGGUCAAUUCCUAUCAUUUGCUCCUGUGCUGCUUGGAUCUGAUUUUUGCAAAUGCCCUCCUUUGUCCAACUAGAAGAGAUUUGCUAAAUCCAUCAUUCAAAGGUUUACCAGCUGACUUUCACACGACUGAGGUCAAAACUUCUGCAGAGCCUCCUUGCAUCAUUGCUACACUAUGUGAACUACAUGAUGGACUUCUCGUAGAAGCUAAAGGAAUAAAAGAACACUACUUUAAACCAUAUAUUUCAAAGCUUUUUGAUAGAAAGAUUUUGAAAGGAGAAUGUGUCUUGGAUCUCUGCAGCUUUGCAGAUAACAACAAAGCAUUGAAUAAAGAGUAUGAAGAGUAUGUUUUAACAGUGGGUGACUUUGAUGAGAGGGUUUUCUUAGGAUCAGAUGCUGAAGAGGAAAUUGGAACACUUCAAAAGUUUCCCACUGACAUUUCAGUGGGCAAAACAACAGGAGUUCUUGUGGAAUGUCAUCUUCAGCAGCAUUUUGAAAAGAAAAGAUCAUUUGCACCUUCUACUCCACUAACUGGAAGAAGAUACCUGAGAGAGAAGGAAGUGGUCAUCACUCCUGUUGCUUCAGCAACACAAAGUGUGAGCCGGUUACAGAGCAUUGUGGCUGGGUUGAAAAGCACUCCUAGCAAACAACUUAUAGCUGUAUUUGAAUCUUGUGUGCGUAACCCUAUGGAAAGUAUUGUAAAUAGAGUAAAAGAAAUAGGUGAGGCUUUUUGUCAGAGCUAUACUAUGUCAACAGAUGACCAUCCUGGGUCUCACAUAGAUUUUGCUGUAAACAGACUAAAACUGGCAGAAAUCUUAUAUUAUAAAAUUCUGGAGACUAUAAUAGUGCAAGAAACACACAGACUGCAUGGGAAGGACAUGACCGUUCUCUUGGAACAAGAUAUUUUUCAUCAUUCCUUAAUGGCGUGCUGUUUGGAGAUUGUACUAUUUGCAUAUAGCUCACCACGUACAUUUCCUUGGAUCAUUGAGGUUCUCGAUCUCCGACCAUUCUAUUUUUAUAAGGUGAUUGAAGUAUUGAUUCGGUCUGAGGAAGGACUCUCUAGAGACAUGGUAAAGCACCUCAACAGCAUUGAGGAACAGAUUCUGGAGCGCCUAGCCUGGACCCAGGAUUCUGCACUGUGGAGUGCUCUCCAAGCCUCACAAAACAAAGUCCCAACUUGUGAAGAAGUAAUAUUCCCAAAUAAUUUUGAAGCUAGCAAUGGAGGAAGUGGGCUAGGACAUCUGCCUCUGAUGUCAAUGUCUCCUAUAAUGCAUCCGCGGGUAAAAGAGGUUCGGACAGAUCUUGGUGGGAGUUCACGAAGAGACAUGCAGCCGUUGUCACCAGUCUCUGUUCAUGAGCGCUACAGUUCUCCUAUAGCUGGAAGUGCUAAGAGAAGGCUUUUUGGAGAUGGCAUCCCAAACAAAAAGCGGAUGGAGAAGAUUUUGUGUGAAGGAACUAAGUUGAAAAUUGCCCCGUUUUCAAACACUGCUGCUGAAAUUGGGUCGGUCUCCCCUGGACAGACAGUAUUGACUAUGUCAACAGCUGCAGUAGCAGGAACAUCAGGGCAGAAAGUUACAAUUCCACUGCAUGGUAUUGCAAAUGAGACUGGGGGGAUCACCUUGAUUCCCAUUUCAAUGACUUUAUCUCAGCACCCCAAAGUGGAGAAUAAUGAACAAGUUCCCCUUACAGCCCAAGCUUUGACUAGUGCCUCUCCAAAUCAGUCCCAAAUGAAUCAAGCACAAGAAACGCAUCAUUUACCAGGAAGCAAACCAAAGAAAACUGGUUCCCUAGCUCUAUUUUACAGAAAGGUAUAUCAUUUGGCAAGUGUGCGUUUGCGUGAUUUGUGCUUAAAAAUGGAUGUUUCCAAUGACUUGCGCAGGAAGAUAUGGACAUGUUUUGAGUUCACAUUAGUUCACUGCACAGAUCUAAUGAAAGACCGACAUUUGGAUCAGCUCCUCCUUUGUGCCUUUUACAUUAUGGCAAAGGUGACCAAAGAGGAAAGAACUUUUCAGGAUAUUAUGAAAAGUUACAGAAAUCAGCCACAAGCAAAUAGCCAUGUUUAUAGGAAUGUCUUGUUGAGAAGUACUCCUACAGCUGUUACGUCGGACAAUAAAAAUAUAAACCAAGAUGUAGAGAUGACAGAUGGUGACUCUUCUGGGAAAGCAUGCUGUUCAUCAUUAAGAUCUACAUUAGAGAACUCCAGUGAAUCAGGAGAGGAGAGAGGAGAUCUUAUAAAAUUUUACAAUGCAGUCUAUGUAGGAAGAGUAAAAUCGUUUGCACUGAAAUAUGAUAUGACAAACCAGGAUCAUGCAAUGGAAGCACCUCCCCUUUCCCCAUUUCCCAACAUUAAACAGCAACCAGUAUCUCCUUGGCGAAUAUCCCAGCAACACUCUGUUUAUGUUUCUCCACACAAGAAUGGUCCCUGCCUAACACCUCGUACUGCCCUACUGUACAAGUUUAAUGGAAGCCCGUCUAAGAGCUUAAAGGACAUUAAUAAUAUGAUCAAACAAGGUGAACACAGGAAUAAGAAACGAGCAAUAGCAAUUGAUAGUGACACAGAAACUCCAGCAAAACGACUCUGCCAAGAAAACGAUGAUGUUUUACUUAAACGUCUUCAGGAUGUUGUCAGUGAAAGAGCAAAUCAUUAGAGCUAUCAUGGUCCUAUGAGUACUGAAAUCUGUAAAGUUCAACAUACCUGUUAUAUAAUUUAUUUCCACACAGCCAUGAUGUGUAUUGGCAUUGUGCCAAUAACUUGCAACAUCUUUAUUGUCUCCUAACAUUGGUAGACAUGCAACAAAAGUGGUAAGGAGUGAUUGCUGCAAAAUUAGGCAAUAAUCACAUUGAGGUUUUUUCCUGUCAGAUAUGCUGCAAAUCACUCUGUUUAAUAUUCUUUUUGUUCUUUAAGCCAUGCCAAAUACUCAUCUUUAAAUUAUUUCAGAGAGUCUGCUUUUGGCAUUUAUCAAAGGUUGUGCAUAUAACACAUACUGCACAUAUAUACAUAGUGUAUCUUGCAACUGUGAAAAAUGUUAGCAUGUGUCAGUCAUGGUUUAAACCAUUCUCAGCUUUGGCCAACAGUUAUAGCUGUUACAAUGUGAGAAUUCAUUUAACAAACUUGAAAACUGUCCUGUUCAUGAACUGUGUAGUAUUUACACCAAAUGUAAGCCAAAUCAGAUGAGGCAUAUUUGUAUAAAUAUUUUUUUUUGGAGUUUUUGGAACCUUGUCUCAGUGAGACUGUAAAAUGCCAGUAUCUAACUCGUACAAUUAAUAAUUUAGUAAGAUUGGAUUUGAUAGAAUGAUUUUAUCGAUUGGAAAAAAAGUUACUAUUUAUUCAUUAUUGUAUAUUAGUAGUCCAUUUUUGUUUAAGGCUCUUUUUUUUUUUUUUUUUUAAAUAUCAAAUCCAUCAACUCUACUGUAUCACUUUUGUUCUAUCUUGGCAUAUGUACAUAGUGCUAACAAACUUGACCUGUCCUUUUAUUGUAUAACUUGGUAAUAGAACUUUGUUCAUUUUGCUAGCUAAGUUAUUGAUCAUUCCAUGGUUAGACAUGUUACAAUGCCAAUUUUACAAAGUGGAACUGGUGGAAGUGAAGAAAGAAAUGUGGUUAUAAAGCAGGAGCGGGUGAAGUCCAGUCUGUGGGCUGGAUUGAGGCCACUGCAGAUUCCAUUUCCCAGCAGCCCCUGCCUGUGGUGCUGCAGCCAAUUUCCAUGGCGGGGGGGGGGGGGACACUGUGGGACUGUGACAGUGUGGGAUCAGGGUUUCCAUGGAGACCAGACCCAGCAGUGCUGCCUGGGCACACAGCUGGGUGGGGAGCUGCUCCAGGGCUGGGAUUUUGCACAAGUCCAGAGCUGGGGGAGAUCUGUGAUCCUCUGCCUACAGACCCUGGACAGGGGCAUGCAGGCAAUGCAUCACAGCUCUGCCCCGAUUUCAGACCACACUCUCACCACUGCAAGAUUCCAGCCCCAGCUGUGGAGCACCUCUCUGCCCAGCUGCAUGCCCUGCCAGCAGUGCUGGGGCUGGUCUCCAUGCAAACCCUGGCUCCAUGUUGUCAGGGCGCUGCUGUUGCUGGGGUCUUCAUGGAAACUGGUCACAGUUAAUGUGGGCAGGGGCUGCUGGUAAAUGGAGUCUGGCUGCCAGCUGGAUCCACCAUUUUGCCCACCCCUGUUUAUAAAGAGAGAGUUGGCUUAUACACUUCAAUAAUCAGCAUUGAAGGAAAAGUUCACAAGCUCCAAAGCAACACAAUAACUUUUAAAGGUGGUUUUGCUUCUAACUGCUCUAAAAAGAUGUUUGACAGUAAAAGACCACAAUAAGUUAAAAUGGCAUAAUGAAGUACAUGCUAGUUUUGAUGCACAUGGCAGUUCUCAGGCGAAAUUCUUAAGAUACCAUAUUAAUUUCUUGACCAAAGCAGCUGUACGUAGGAUAAUCUUGUUCUGAGUCCAGCCCUAGAAAGACAUAUGGAUAUAGAUUUCACACAGACCAAGCCAAUUUUGCUUACGUCUCUGAGUAUAUGAUUGUAUUUCUCCAAAGACUGGGGAAAGUAUGGGUUACUUAGUAUUGCAUGAUGUAGUAAUUAAAUUGAUAUAGCUUUACUUUUUCAUCAUAUAUAGAUCUAGUUUAUGGCUAAAGAUGUUUUCCCACUAGACCAAUUCACUGUUCUCUGAUCUUUUAUUAAAAUAACGGUGUUGAAAUUCUUGAUAAUCAUGAUUAAUUUAGUGCUUUUUAUUUAAAAAUUAAAAUAUUACAAUUGGAUCUUAAUUUCAUUUUCUACACUAAACUUGAUUCUGAAUAGAUGCUAACAGAAUUUUGGACUUGCUCAAACUUGUUUUGGAAAAAGUUUGGACAUUAACACAUCCUGUUCAACAUUUCUAAAAUUUGUUAACAGUUUAGAAGUGCCUUCACUUGUAAAUAUGUAUUUUACAGUAAAACAAUUUUUAAAAACA